GGGUAUUACUGAGGCCCCACCGUGACCAUAAUGACCCUUGACCAAUGGGAAGACACUAAUUAGCAUGUCAAAGUUACAUGCAUAUGAACCCAAUAAUGUGUUAAUCUUUAUUGUACAAAAAUAUGCCUACACAUAGACAUUUGUUAUAUAUCAAUUAUACCCGGCAAACACGCGAAACGUACUGCUCGAUUUUAAAUAUGAAUCCCAGAACAGUCUGGAGGUCAAAGUUCCAUGUGGUAACUGUAUAGGUAAUUAAAUGUGGUGAACAACAUCAGAUGUUGAUAUUAACAAGUAGCGUCCUGUCUCCUGGUUUUACACUCAACGGUAUUGAUCACCAUAUAUUCGGUAAUGAACGGUGUAGCUUUAUCUGGGCGUGGUGACGGAGGUGUGACAACUACCAAAACAGUUUGGUCAUAUUUAAUAACUAUGAUAUACAUUAUACAGCGACCAGCGGUAUGAUUGUGUAUCGUGCUGUAUCGUGUAUUCCACACGUUCCUCCGUGACGAUGGCGUCAAAAACCUGUCGCGUUGGUACGUAAACAUGGCCGGUAUCCAGGCUCCUUAUAGACUUAUUACAACCCUAUUAACAUCAGAACGAAUUAAUUUGUCCACUCCGUAAAGAUUAGGUUUCGGUGAAGAGGUCAAGUUUCCCCAGUCGCCAGUGAAAACACUGAUAGUUCCAGAGUACGGACGUGGGAAGGAUAGGAAAACGGAGGUCAAACAUGGCUAAAACCAUCCGAAACUUUAAUUAACGGUACAUAACAACGGAAUCUUCCUGUAUAUCAACUGAAAAGAUGUCUGUUGCAUUUCUUGUAUUUGGAGUUAAAAAGACCGUAGGGAGAUUGGACCGAAUAAGUUAUUACAAUGCUGUGUUGUUAUUCGUGCUGUUUUUACUGCUCCAGUCCACUAAAGUUUGGUGUCAGAACACGACACUGACUGCCACCAGCACAGCCGCCUACUUCACAUCAGAGGGCUACCCGAACAUGUACUCAAAUAACGUAACGUACACUUGGCUGCUGGAGUCGAGUGACGUCAACGAGGUGAUAAAAAUAGAGGUGGUCGACUGCCAACUGGAAUACGUCAACGCAAAGGUACCCGUAUGUCAACUGGAUUCCCUCACAAUAUAUGACGGUGCCUAUGAGAACGCCACACAGAUGUACUCCUCUUGUUGUAUAACUUCGGUGCCCGCCAUGAACAGUUCGGGAACGUACCUCCUCAUCAAGUUUUCCACGGAUAACACAGUGGUGGCUCGGGGUUUCCGCAUAAAAUACUACAAUAGCGCAGCGUCCGACGAUUCGUCUGUGGCUGCCGCCAGUGGUCUUUUUAUUGCUGUUGGAAUCGUCGUCGUUCUGAUAGUUGGUGGCGCUUUAAUCGGUGCAUAUUUCAUCUACAAAUUCAAAUGUCAAGACGGUACAAAGCUCCGGAUCAAUCCACAGGGUGCGGAGGGACAAGCUGGGUGUGAGGGGGCAGACGGAGGAGAAGGUAACCCGUCAUUCACAGGAGAGUACGAGAAACGUCCCCUUGAAGGGUCAGAGUGUUCGGCCCCACCUCCCAAGGCCUGGACAGAGGAGGGCGGUAUGAAGGACCCGGAUUUGGAGAAUACGGAAAGGAAUGUCUUUGUCAAAGACGCGUUUGUUACAAUUCCGCAGAAGAAACAUGCUUUACCUCCUCUUAAAAGUACAGCCUUAUUGUCCACUAAUCAAAUGUCGGGAGGUGCUCCCCAAAGAAGUAUGAGCCCGGUCGGGUAAUUCUCCACUAAUUAAGUAUGAGCCCCGGUCGGGUAAUUGUCCACUAAUGAAGCAUAACCCCGGUCGGGUAAUUGUCCACUAAUGAAGUAUGACCCCGGUCGGGUAAUUCUCCACUAAUUAAGUAUGAGCCCGGUCGGGUAAUUCUCCACUAAUUAAGUAUGAGCCCCGGUCGGGUAAUUGUCCACUAAUGAAGCAUAACCCCGGUCGGGUAAUUCUCCACUAAUUAAGUAUGAGCCCGGUCGGGUAAUUCUCCACUAAUGAAGUAUAACCCCGGUCGGGUAAUUGUCCACUAAUGAAGUAUGACCCCGGUCGGGUAAUUGUCCACUAAUGAAGUAUGACCCCGGUCGGGUAAUUGUCCACUAAUGAAGGAUGAGCCCGGUCGGGUAAUUGUCCACUAAUGGAGUAUAACCCCGGUCGGGUAAUUGUCCACUAAUGAAGUAUGAGCCCCGGUCGGGUAAUUGUCCACUAAUGAAGUAUGACCCCGGUCGGGUAAUUCUCCAAUAAUGAAGUAUGAGCCCCGGUCGGGUAAUUGUCCACUAAUGAAGUAUGAGCCCGGUCGGGUAAUUAUCCACUAAUGAAGUAUGAGCCCCGGUCGGGUAAUUGUCCACUAAUGAAGUAUGAGCCCGGUCGGGUAAUUGUCCACUAAUGAAGUAUGAGCCCGGUCGGGUAAUUGUCCACUAAUGAAGUAUGAGCCCCGGUCGGGUAAUUGUCCAUUAAUUAAGUAUGAGCCCGGUCGGGUAAUUGUCCACUAAUGAAGUAUGAGCCCCGGUCGGGUAAUUCUCCACUAAUGAAGUAUGAGCCCGGUCGGGUAAUUCUCCACUAAUGAAGUAUGAGCCCCGGUCGGGUAAUUCUCCACUAAUUAAGUAUGAGCCCGGUCGGGUAAUUCUCCACUAAUUAAGUAUGAGCCCGGUCGGGUAAUUCUCCACUAAUUAAGUAUGAGCCCGGUCGGGUAAUUCUCCACUAAUGAAGUAUGAGCCCCGGUCGGGUAAUUGUCCACUAAUGGAGUAUGAGACCGGUCGGGUAAUUGUCCACUAAUGAAGUAUGAACCCGGUCGGGUAAUUGUCCACUAAUGAAGUAUGAGCCCCGGUCGGGUAAUUGUCCACUAAUGAAGUAUGACCCCGGUCGGGUAAUUCUCCACUAAUGGAGUAUGAGCCCCGGUCGGGUAAUUGUCCACUAAUGAAGUAUGACCCCGGUCGGGUAAUUGUCCACUAAUGAAGUAUGACCCCGGUCGGGUAAUUGUCCACUAAUGGAGUAUGAGCCCGGUCGGGUAAUUGUCCACUAAUGAAGUAUGAGCCCGGUCGGGUAAUUGUCCACUAAUGGAGUAUGAGCCCCGGUCGGGUAAUUGUUCACUAAUGAAGUAUGAGCCCCUGUCGGGUAAUUGUCCACUAAUGGAGUAUGAGCCCCGGUCGGGUAAUUGUUCACUAAUGAAGUAUGACCCCGGUCGGGUAAUUGUCCACUAAUGAAGUAUGAACCCGGUCGGGUAAUUGUCCACUAAUGAAGUAUAACCCCGGUCGGGUUUUAAUUGUCCACUAAUGAAGUAUGACCCCGGUCGGGUAAUUCUCCACUAAUGGAGUAUGACCCCGGUCGGGUAAUUGUCCACUAAUCAAGUGUCGGGAGGUGCUCCUCAAAGUCCAGCUGUCUUCGGAAACAUUUGUGUUGAUGUGUAUUUUUGUGAUGAAAGUUGUAUGUAGAAAACAAUAAAUAGUGAAAGGUCGGCUAGAUUUUUUUUUCAACGUUGAUUGUGAAAUUGGCUGGUCGACAGGGUUAUCAUGUUUUAACAAUUCAAAUGUUACCAUGUGUAGUCAUCCAGUCCUUAAUCUUAGUCUACCUGAACGCUGUAUAGUAUUCAAAGUCAAGUUGAAAAACCGCUGAUGGAGAAUAAACAAUACAACAUCAAUAAUAUCGUCUGAAAUAUUUACUGAUGAACAUAAUUUAUACAACAUAAUCUAAUAGUUAAUUCUAUACGUAUAUAAAACUGACAUAGAAAUGGUUGUUAAAAUUAAAUCGCAAAACAAAUAUUUCAUAUUGCAUCCAACAUUUAAAAAUACUUAACUUAUUAUUGCAUCCAUCAUUUUAACAUAUUAUUUCAUAUUCAAUUUAAAAACUAAAAAUGCUAGUUAUGCCACCUGAUAAACAA